UCUAGGUCUGAUGUCAUACUUUAAAACUAUGGUCUAUAUGUCUCUGUGCGUCUCCAUGUCUUGCGUGUGUCUGUAUAUAUAGAUGUAUGUGUGUGUGUAUGAUUAACUUCUAACUAGUCCGAGGUUUGACCUGGAUGUCCUACACCAACAUGAGAAGGGCGAGCGAGGGGGGAAAAAAAAAGACUCGGGCGGAAUAGGGGGGGCGUAUUCUUCGCACUGUCAAAGCGUGCUUAUGAAGAAGGUAAGGGAACAGACUUGUAACAAAAGAAGUUUUAGGUUGACAAGGGGGGGGGGAUAGACUUAAUUUGUCCCUCUUCAGCCGGGGAUCGCUUCAAAGCGGUUACAGUAAUUGUGUGAUACUAGAUCUACUGUUAUUCUGAUAAAAGGCGUGUGUUACUGGAGUUUUAUAAUUAGAGCUUUUUAACGGAGAGUAUUAGCACAGUGCUUUUUUAAUUUCGUUGGAUAUAUUGUGCCGUGGGAUUAUUACGUCAUCAAUUUUUGCUGUUCUCUGGGAUGGAGGCUCGGACAAAAGAAAAUUGGAGGAACUAAAGAAACUCCUUGCCGAGGAGAGGCAUUAUUCUAAAAAUACCAUCGGGAAGUUACAGAAAGAGAUACAACGACUCAAGCGGGAUAACUCUAAAACGCCGCAGGAGCUGAGAGCUAGUCUCCUGAAAGAAGUCGACAAGGAAAGGAUGAUGCGGCUUGCCAGCGAGCAACGUGUCGUGGACAUGCAGCUGGAGUCUGAUUCUUGCAGGGCCCGACUACACUCUCUACAGGAAGAGUUUCGAAAGAUGGAAGAAAUGGUGGCCAAUAUGUUGCAGUACAAAGUAAAGAUAGAUCAACUGAAACAGGAGAAUGCUAGUAUGAAGACGUCCUACGAGAAUAACCUGCAGAAGUAUUGCAGUCACAUCAGCUCUCUGGAGAGGGACAAUAUGCUGCUGAGGAACCAGGUCAAGAAGAUGGAAGCACAGGUACAUGGCAAGGGAGAUGAGCGUGAUAAGACAAAACUCUUGUUGGAGAGAUUAAAAAUGGUGGAGGCCGAGAAUAGCUCCCUUGUCUUGGAGAACGAGCAACAGAGACAGCAGUAUGAGAAAUGUCUGGAUGAAAUAGCCAAUCAGGUGGUCCAAGCUUUACUGGCCCAGAAGACAUUGCGAGAGGAGUGCUUGAAGCUACAGACAAGAGUUCAAGAUUUGGAACUACAGAAUAAACAUUUAAACACAAUGUUUAAACACAGGCUACGAAUCACCUCAGACUCUGUCUUACAGGUUCAGCACACUGCAUGUAUCACAACAAAUCAGUUGUGUCGCACCACUGUCACAGAGAGUGCCAGUGGAGACGCAGACAUCAUGCCAGGGGACAUGACCCUGGAAUUUCUCAACAAUGCAGAGUCCUUACAGAGUAUGUGCAGUGAACUGAUUGGUGAUGACAGCCCAGGGAAACCUCAGCUUAGCUCCCCACCUCCUUGGCUGAAGGAAAAGUUAAACGCAGCAGGUGGUGACACCAGUCCUAGCUCCACAGCAUCCUCUGCUUCUACUGCAAGUCCUGGCAGUCUCGAGGGCAAGGACGUUACCAUGCAGACAAAAAUUGAAACAGAAUUCCCAGUCAAUAACUCCAGCCCGAAGAUGAAACACAUACGUGUCAUUUCCAGCCGGACUCGGAGCUUAGAGCGGGAGUACAUGCGGUCAUCUUGCUGGCAGCAGCAGAGAGACAGGGGUGAAUACCGCAGUCGGAGAGGAUCGGAGACAGAGAAGAGUGGCCUCUCUCACACCAGCCUGAAACAGUCUACCUCAGCUGAUGCUAUAAGCCACUAUGGCAUAGGGAACAAAGUAUCGUCUUCAUUUAUUUCCAGCACUUCUUCUCACGAUCGUCUCGCUCCGCAGAGUCUGCUUCAAACCCUUCCGACAGACAGCGGCCCUGCUGUUCUACUAGCAGGGGCAGACUUUAAUCACAAAAGCUUUGAGGCUUUCAAUAAAAACUUUGAAAAACUUUUAGCCAAAAGUACUUCUGAAGAUAAAAAUACCACACCACAAAUACCAGCAUUACUUAGCCAAGGGGAGCAACUGACAGGCAACCAAUCAAAAUCUUCCAAAAAGCAAACUCCUCCAAAGAAAAAUUUCAUAGGUAAGAAUUCUGAAAAGGUUAAAGAUGACAUACAUACUAAAGCCAAGAAUUCAGCCCCUUUACGGAACCCCUUCUCAGAUAUUCAGAGAACACCAAAGUCUCCCAGCAAUGCCACCACCGGUCAGUAUUAUUAUUAUGAUUACAGUGAUGAAGACAGUGACUCCCGGCCUGUCUCCAGGGACUUCAGCACAGCAUCAACCAUGUCCCUGAAUGAACUUUUAGACAGCAGCUUGGAAGGAGAGGUUGCCAUUGAUGAUGACUUUUUUUCUGACUGGUCCUCUGUGUGCUUUUCUCCAAGGAACAGAAUAGAGAACAUGUCUGGUGUGGCCAUAUCCAAUCAGGCCAUGCAGUCCAGGCUGACAUCCACAUCAGGCUCCAGGUCCACAUCCUCUUCCCCUGAAAAUCCUGGCAUGUCUGUUCAAAAUAAAAAAGACGGUCGAUGCAAAGUUUCUCCCAGAAUUCAUCCAUCAGCCCAAAAUUCUGAAGUCUCUCAAGGAUGUGAUACGAUGAUAGAUUCCAGCUCCACAUCCAGCUCAUCAAUGACAGGGCCUAAUUCUCUUUCCAUGCAUCCAACAAAAUCAAAACUUAGUGACAAUGUUACUAGAACUCAGGUAUCAGUUGAGGUUCACUCUGAAAGUCAGGCAAAGUUUCUCCCUUCACCGUCACCAUCUCCUAACCCAAGCCAGAAAUCAGACCUUGGGUAUGGAAGUAAAAGCAGCCAUUCUCAGUCUUCUUCCUCCCCCUCCCCAGCCCUUUCUCAGCGUGGUGCCCCUCCUUGGCUUCACAGCACUAAAGACCCACAUUCUUUCACCAGGAAUGAGCUCCUGUCUCUUGUCAUCAAUAAAGACCCCAUGGGGAGCCCCAAAAAUGCUGCUGCCAGCUCAUUGAGCUCUUCACAGAGCCCAAAGCUGGUUCGCCCAGGGCAGCUAAUCCUGGCCCCGCAAGAUAAAAACUUCACCUUUCAAGGGUUCAGCUCUACCAGUUCAACUAGCUCAGAAGACAGGUCACCACUGAAGAUGUUUGAGUCUAAACAUAACAGUGAUAUGAAAUCUUCUGUAAUAGAAGUGAAGAAAGAUGGCACAUUUGUCCAUCCAUCUCAGUCUCUUGUAGAUAGCAGCAGCGACAACAGUAGCAGUGUACCAGGAAGUCCACUCAGCCCUUUGAAAAGCCCUCUUAAGCUUCCGCCUCCUGUAGCUAAAAAGCCAAUGCGAGCCGUAAAGCCAGAAGCCAGAGCUCCUCCAAACGAUAACAUUGAUAAACCAUUGGGCAGUAAGAACAACAUUACCGUUGGCUACGUAUUCCAUGAUGGCCAACCUUUUCCAGGACAUUCCGUGUCUCACUCAAUGGAUAACUUCAUUAAAAUGGCUUUGAAAGAAUCAAAGCACACUUCAACGCACACAGGCAUGGAUAGUGGCGGGAGCUCCAUUCAAACAAAAUGUCAGUCUUCAGACUCGAGUUUUGAAAAUCUUAAGGUGGAAAGGUCGGGCAGCAAAGAUGAUGGUUACUCCACCAUGUCCUCAGACAUUCACCCAGAGGUUCUUGAGAAGUUCAGUGACACACUGACCAGAAAGUUUUCCGAGGCAGAAGCUGAGCAGUUUAAGAACACCCUGAGGUACACAGGACAUGAAGUGGAUGUGUCACACGUCUUCGAUAGACAGCAUUCCGAUUUGACCGUGCCGAGCCGAGAUAGAUCUUUUGACUUUACCAGCGACCCCGACUCAGCAUUGGAGACCUCAGUCCACAGCACCGCGGAAAUGGUGACCAGCUCCUCCUCACAGAUCUCUACUUCCAGUAGUGAUUUCCCUUUAAGCCCUUGCACUUCCAAAGUGUCCAAAAUUGCCAAACUUUUUGACUCUGAAAAUACUAAAGUGAAUUUCAUUCAUGGAGCAAGCAGUUCUCUGCAAUGUAAUUAUUCUGUCCCUCAGAGCACUAAAGGGGCGGGUAAUCUAAUUACUACUUCCCCUGUCUCACCAAAUGCGAUCAUCUCUAGUUUUCAGCAGCCGGAGAGCCCCAGAAGGUUAGCCAAUGAGUUUCAUAAAAACAGUAGAACUUCUAACAUUUCCAUGAAUUCUGUGAAAACAACUCCGGGGUCUCCUAAGUCUGUGAAUAAAAAUGUUAGCUGUGCCAAACUAGUGACAAGUGGUUCUCAAAGUGGGAUUCCUGUUCUUUCAAUGGGAAAAAAGUCGGUGGAGGUGAAAGCUUCAAAACCAGAUUCCCCAGUCCCCAUGUGUUUAAGCAUCAAACGUCUUCCUAAAGGAUUUUAUAGUUCAAAUACCACCAGAAAUACAGUUAAUCCUGUAGAAAAACAAGUUUCUGUUCAAGAUUCUGUUCAAAGUACCACAGGUCAAAGUGGCAGUACUGGCCAGGAAACUUCUGAAUCACCUCCAGCAUGUAAAUUGGAGAGGUCCAAUCAAGCGGUUUCUAAGCCAGAAAAGUCUGUUGCCAUGAGCAUUCCUGCGGGUAAUUCAGGUCAAAGUGUUCAGUCUAUUAACUCUGUUGUAAGUAAAGUAACUAAAGAGAGUACCCUUCAAACCAAGAAUCAGCUCCUUUGUGCUAGCAACAGAUCAAACAAUGUAAGCAGCAUUAAAUACAAAGUUCCAGCUGGGGUCAGUAAUGUUGAUCCCAAAGUCGUUUCAGGUAGCCUUUCGAACAUAAGAGAUGAAACAGUUCAAGUAUCUGCCUCUAAGACGCCUGGUGUUUCAGCCUCAAAGUGUGAGUCGGCUGAAUCGCAGAGGAAACGCCCAUGUGUGGUUCUAACAAAUCAAUUUUAUCAACAGUUCUCUUCUGAUUCUGACACAACUGAAGAAGAGAAAGAUUCCCCUCGUUUCAUUCCUUCCCAGAACAAUGUUUCUGAGUCAUCAUCCCCCCAUACGAGUUUAAAGAUAAUAAACUCUUGUUCUGGAAGCAGAGCUCUGGCAACAGAUCCUAGUUCUGCUUUGACCAAAUUUAAAGCUGAGAGUUGUGCAUUGGCAGCAUCAACAUCUAUGCAAAAUAAUCGCUCCUCUGAUCAUCUGUCUUCCUUUGUCUACCAGCAGCUGAGCCAGUGCCAAACCAACCACCCCUUACCUCAACCAUCGAAUCAGUUCCCUUCUAAGAGCAGCAUUAAAGUUAAACUCACUCACAGCCUUCGCAGAUCCAAAUCUGAACAAUGCCUUAGCACAAAACAGAAGUGUCGUUCUGGACAAAGGGAGGGGUCCCAAUGGGACAGUGGAAGAAUUCUUGACAGGUCGACCUCAAUGACAGAGCUGGAUCGCUUGAAUUCUGUAUCUAUUCAUCAGCACAGCGGACCAUACGGUUGGCUGAUGUGGGAUUCAUCAAUUGAGCCUCAAGAUUCUGAUAAGCAUCAUUUUGCAUGGGGUCUUCUUCAAUCUCCUCUUUCUUCAUUCACUGCUUCUAAAACACCAAAGUUAUACCCUCAGCACCAGAAGCACCAACCUGGAGUCUACUAUCACUACAGCCCGUACCAUCAGGCUCUUCGUUUGGACCUUUCAGAUGUUACUGAGUUAGAUGAGGAUGGCUCAGAGCUAGCCACCACUCGUGACUCUCUGGACUCCAACCUGGCACUAAAUGAAAGCCCAGGGCUGGGUGUAGAGGAGCAGAAGCGUUUCAACAGCCAGUUUUACAGCCUGUGUAAGGUGGACUCAAACCGCAGUUUGCUUUCUUCUGGCAAUGAGAGUAGAGACAAGUCCUCCCUGACCAGCUUAAAUGAGAUCCUCAGCUGUAAGAGCAUUGAUGGUGGUGGCGAUGUGUGCCAUUCAGAUGUGGACGAUGAGAUAGCCCUUCGAGAGUUUGAUGAAAUCUCACGACAGAUUGCUGGCCUGUCUAAAACUGUAGAUGAGCUAAACCAGAGCUUGUCAAGCCUAAACAGCGGAGAGUUUGAGCCUACAUCACACCAUUCCCUCAUGUCAUCGCCUCGACCUACAUCAAGUGGGGCAUCUCGGGUGGACGUCAUCGAUGGCUACCACUGGGUCGAAGAUGAGUUCUUUUUAACUUCUUCCAACGGAGAGAUUAUCAUAGGUGGCAGCAACCUUGCCAAAGAGGACUCCUUCAAUGACAUUUUCGCACAGAAUAGUUCUUUCGACCUCAACAGCACUGAGGAUGCCACUGAAGAGUUCUACAGAGUACCCCUACACAAAAAAUCUGGCCCUCAGAUGGAUGGGCAGGAUGAGAUUUUCGCUAGUUCCUGUUUCAACACGGUCAGGGAGAAACAUAACUUUGAAGCUGGUGCAAUGGACAGUAAUAGUAGCAGUGGGAGAAAUGAAGGAAGAGGAGAAAUGAAUGGAGAAGUGGAUGUGGUCAAAGGAAAUAAUGAAGUUUGCAACCAAAAUGAAUUUUUCAGUGGGUCUAACAAUGAUAGUGAUGACAGCCUUGCAAGUGAUAUUGGAUUGGAUCAUAUGAUGUGUCAGAGGCUUUUUGGUUGCAAAGAUCAUAUUCAACAGUCUUCUGAUUGCAAUCCCUCUUUGGACUUGGGCAGACUUUUAAAAUGUUUCGCGAACUCUGAAAAGGAUGCCAUCAAUGCUAAGGACAGCACUUCAACCAAUGAAUGUGCAUUUACUGAUGCUAAGUCCAUUCUCAGAAAGUGGAAUCUGGCCCAGAAGAGUGAGGCUCUACAAGACCAAGAGCCUGAGAUUUCAGUCUUGGAGAACAAUGAAGUUACUGCGCCUGCAAAAGAAACAAGAGAUGUGGGAAUAGACGCUAUGAGCCAUUCCCAGCGGUCCCUCAGCACAAGUUUCGAUAGUUUCGACCAAUCUGUGAUCAGUGUUGGCACCUACGAUUUUUCUCAGUCAAAGGGAGACAACAGAGAAAAAUCUGAUGAUGUGGAUCAUCCUUCUCUGAGACUGAAAAGUCAAGAAAAUGUCCAAGGUAUCAGUUCUGACAGUAAAAGUUGGAAUGCAGGUGACGCCACAAUCAUUUCCCAUGGUGGUUGUGAGUCUGGUCCAUCCAGCCUGCCAUUACUAAAUGUCAAAGAGCUGUCUCAAAACAGAGCGAUGGCAAAGGAGAAUCCUGCCUCCUAUUCUGAUUUUGUGGCUGACCUGAAAGUUUCUGCUGCCUCCAGUCUUGUCCUACCACCCAAGCUACCUCCUCGCAGCCCUAUAAUUACCAAUGGCAGCUUACAUGUUGGUCUUGAUAGGGACAUUCCACCCCUGCCUCCACCCCCAUUGUGUCUAAACAACGAACCAUGCCAUCAUUCUCUACCCUCUUAUAUUCCUCAUUCACAGACAGUUGUACGACCUCAUUCUCCAUAUGUCAACCAGCAGAAUACAGCAUUAUUAGGUCAGAGGUCAAGAUGGAACGCUAGGCCUUUAAGUGAUUCCUUAAUAGUCAAAAACAGAUCUCCAUGCUCAGCGCCAUCCACAGCACCGCCUCUUCCGCCCCGACACCCUCAAAUCAGCCAAACACUGGAUGGGGGCCCGCGCAUGCUUGUGCAGCCUCACCGCUUCCAGCAAGUUGAGACGGAGGAGUGCGGGCUGCCCUCCUUCCAACACUACCUCAUAGACAAGCAGAAAGCUUCCUCUACCUCAUCUUGCACCUUUCCCAGGCCACGGAGCCACUCUGAGACCUCGAAUUCCGUCAACCGCAGCAGCGGUCCCAUGGACAGAAUGAAAGAUGACAUGACUCCGUCACGCAUACCAAGACGCAAGCUCAAGACCCGCCGAGAGCUGAGCAAGUUGAAGCAAAGCUCAGAAAGAUCAUCCCUGGAGUCUGGUGCGAGGUCACCUGAUACAAGCCUUCCCAUUCUUCGGCAUAGCCGUGAACUUAGUAGUCCAACAGCUAAAGGUGAUUCUAAAGACUAACUGCCAAAAAUAUAAUUGUCUGCAUUCUGAAUUUACUUACUGAAACUGUCAAUUUUUUUUUUUUUUUUUUACUUUGAAAAUAAUUUUGAAUUUUACUAAUUUACAACCAUAUAUAAUAGUUAAAAUCAAAAACUUGUUUAAAAUAGCGUUUUAUUUAUAGCAGUAACGGGAACAGUACCUUGAAUAUUUUUGUAUGUACAAGGAAAAGAAAGGGAAUUAACUGCAUGCUAUUUAUUUUUUGUACAGAUUAUCUUCCCUAUUUUCACUUUUAAAAAAAAUGCUUUGUUAAAAUAAUGUGUGUGUGUAAAUGUAGUGAAGAGGGGCACCAACUUGUUUUAUUCAUUGUAAGAGAAGUUCCUUUUAAACAGACAAAAAUGUUUCAUUAUUGCUAUUACAGCUGUGUUUUGGACACUGUCUAUAGCAACUUGUGUAAUAUAUUGUAUACAAUCACUGAAAGCAAUAUGUACACUUUUAUCAACCUUGUUCACUUCAUGGAAUGGUAGAUAGUAGACUUUCUAUUAAUUCUCAAAUCAUUAUGUACCAAUGACAUUUUAUUUAGUGUACUGUCAUGUUUGUUGUCUUUGAGUACAUUGGAAGUGAAAGCAGACAAUCAAAGGAUAUUUUUUGUUUUUAUUUUAUAAAAAUUAUUUUUUUGUGUACAAUUUGUAUUGUAAGCUUAUUUAUUUAUUUAUACCAAACAGAUGUCUGUGUAACUUAACUGUUAUAAAUUUUUUUAAAGAUUAUUUAUAUAUUAACAUUAAAAAAUGGCUUUAUUAAAAUGUUUUAAUUUGUUUAUAAAAUACUAUAUUAACAUUUAUUUCUCCUGUUUACUUAUUGAUGUGCAUAUAGAAAUGUUUUGGACCAGGGAAGAUUGAACAGUUUAGUACUGAGUUCUCUGUGUGUAGAGACUUUUAUGUUUUUGCUAAAUGGUCCACUUUUUGUGUCCCUAAUUAUAUUGAAUACAUUUGAUGAUGUGGACAUCUGGAUGAACUGUAGUUUCAAGAAAGACAUUGAAAAUAAUGAGAAAAUGAAUUGACUAACAAAGUUGUUUAAAAAACAUUAGGAUGCAUCUCUUUACCAACAUUGGAUUUUAUAAAGCCAUUUUGGCAAUGUUUUUUUGUUUGUUUUAUACAGUUAGCCAGAUUUUGUAAGCACUCAAAGCCAAAAUUUUGACCUAAGAGGAACAAAAGUAUUUUAAUGUAACAACUAUUAAAUAAAAUAAUAGUGUGACAUUUUGUGGUAUUGACUUUAAAUUAGAGAGGUGUUAUUGUAUUUUUUUUUUAAAGCAGGAAUCGCUGUCAUGGGCAGAAUUCCAUCUCGGGUAAUGUUCCGCAGUUGAACAAAUAUUUAUUGUGAUGACUUUUUUGUUUUGUUAAGAGUCCAUACAAUUGUACAUUUGUAAGUAUUAAAUGUGUUGCCAUGAUUGAUUGGAAAGUACUAGUUUUUAAUGCUUGUGAGGGUGAAAACUGUGUGAGAAAUGAAUGUAGUGGUUUGUAUGAGGUGAAUGUAGUGGUCUGAUGGCUGAACUCAAUGGUCAAGACCAUCUUUAAACUUGUGUCUCAUCAAUUAGGAAUAUUGAGGUAUAUUAUGUAACUGAAUGUCUAGCUAACAUGUAUCAAGUCCCUCAAUGAGCAUGUGUGUUCAUGUUAUGAACAAACUCCCCAGGUGUAUUAUAUGUAAACUAAACUUGCCUGUAUAAAUGGUUCGUCUAAGAACUCCACUUUGUACCUGGCCUACUGAUCCUAGCUGUGAAUUAUUUGUAGCAUACCUGAACAUACAUCUUUUUUUUUUUUUUCAUAUUUAAUUUGUUUGGUUUGUUCACAAACUGAGAAACAAAGCUAUAAAUAGUUGUUUUUUUUCUAAUGUUUCUUCCUGAUGACUCCAUCUUGGAUUGUAUUCAACAGUCUGCUUUGUUUGCACCCAUUUAUGUACAAGUUUUUUUUUUUCCUCCUGUUGACAUUAUUUAGUGAACAGAUAAGUGAAUAUAUUGAAGAAAUAAACAAAUUUGAAUUGA